AUGGCUGAACUUAACGCAAAUGAUGAAGUUCAUCUUAAUGAAAACUACCAUCCUUUUCAUAGGGAGGAACAAGCUGGAAACGACAUGCAGGAUCAGGGAGGAGCUAUGGAGGAGCAUGCUGGAGAUAUAGAGGAGCACACUGGGAACAUGGAGCAAGAUCUGGAGGAUCAUGAUGGGAACAUUGAGCACCCUGGAAAUGUAUGGGACCAACCCAGUCAAGAAACAUUUGCAGUAACACCAUCCAUGAUAGUGCUAUGGGACUACGCACAGGAGAUCAUACAAGACGAUAUGGAACACACACAAGCCCAUCUGCACGCGCUAUGUCCUGUCCACCCCCUCAUCCAAAUGUUGUGUCAUGACAAAUACCUCCUAGCAUUGAUGGUAGAGGACAGGUGUGAAGUGUUGCUCAGGUUAUGGUGGGAGUUGGACGAGAUGGAACAUCUUCUGGGUUUAGAGCACAUCUAG